AUUCAAACAAAAUAAUCUUGAACUUUGCAUCUUUCAUUUGUGCUAAAAAUAGAAACCAACUCGAAACAAAUGCAUCAUAUCAAUUACCAACCAUUCAAACCAAACUAAAUCCACCCUUAACAACCCCUCUCCAAAAAUCUAUUUUCCAUCAACAAUGCCACCAACGGACAACCAAGGAUCCUUCCUCAACCGGAUCAGCAUCCGGCGAAACCAAGUCGCAUACGAGCACGAAAUCGAAGACGUCGAACAAUUCCAAAAACACGUCACCGACCGCCUCUCCGAACUCUUCCACCCCCAAGAAGACACCACCACCAGCGACCCACCCGAAACAAUAUUAUCCAUCGCAUGGUUUCGCAAACUCCUCGACGCAUUCCUCUGCUGCGAAGCCGAAUUCAAAGCGGUUGUAAUCAUGGGCCGUGACGCCAACAACUUCUCCAAAUCCCCACUCGACCGCCUCAUCCCCGAGCACCUUGAUCGCUCCGUAAAAGCUCUCGACAUAUGCAACGCGAUUAUUCACGGAAUCGAUCUGCUACAACACUGGCGAAAACUCGCGCAAAUCGCGGUCGACUCGCUUAACCAAAAACCAAUCACGGAGGGACACGUCAGGAGGGCAAAAAAGGCAUUAACCACAUUGUUAUCAUCCAUUUCAAUAGACGACAAAGAAAUCCACCAUCACACAAACAAAUCCACCUCAUCAUCAAAUAAUAACAACACAACACUAGGCAACAUAAAAUCUUUAUCGUACCCUUUUGCAAGGACAUGGUCAGCAGCUAAACAAAUUCAGGCAAUGUCAGCCAAUCUCACAUCGCCACGUGGCGGGGAACCCACCGGGUUAGUUGUACCGUUAUAUUUAAUGAGCUCGGUAUUAGUUUUUGUAAUGUGGGCGAUGGUGGCCGCGAUACCAUGCCAAGAACGGGCGGGUUUGGGGGCGCAUUUGCAGCUAUCGAAGCAGUUUACGUGGGCGCAACCGAUGAUCGGGUUGCAGGAGAAGAUAGGGGAGCAGUGGAAGAAGAAGGAGAAGAAGGGGAGGAGUGGGUUGUUGUUGGAGACACAGAGGAUGGAGAAGUUGGGGUUGAGUAUGGUGGAGUUUGCGGAGCGGUUUGUGUUUCCGGUGGAGGGGGAGAAGGCGGAGGAGGUGGCGGCGAUGGUGGCGGAGAUGGAGGAGGUGUGUGGGAGAAUGGAGGAGGGGCUGGUGGCGUUGGAUAUGCAGGUCAGAGAGGUGUUUAAUCGGAUCGUGAGGAGUAGAGCCGAGACACUUGACGUUCUUGACCAACUUAAUAAAAUGACCACACCGGUUCCGUAUUGAUUUAUUUGUCUGUGUUCUCGGACAUUUGAUAAAAUUGGAAUGAUACAGUGAAGAUUAAAGAUUAGUAUAGCUUCUACGCAAGACGUGACAUUUUUUUUUUUUUUUUUCUGUUGUUGAUAAUAAUUGGUUGUUUAAGGUUUAAUGACAUGUACUAAUCAUGUGCUAAAUCAAAUAAAAAAAAUUAAUCA